GAAUAAUAAUAUGUUUCUUCCUAUAGGCUCUCUCUAUCAUCACUGUUACUGACACAGAAAAGAGGAAGCAUUCUUACCUAGAUCUCCUCAGAACUCCUAAAAUGAGGAGACUUGCUCUGUUCACAGGGACCAUAUGGUUUUGUGUUGCUACUGCCACCUAUGGAAUAAGCCUCAACAUUGCAGACUUUGGGCUGAACUUGUACCUGACUCAGUUUGUGUAUGGAGGCAUUGAGAUUCCAGUUAAACUGAGCAUCUAUUAUUUGCUUGAAAAGAUUGGCAGACGUAAAACAGAGACAGGAGGCCUGCUAUUGGGUGGAAUCUGCCUAAUGAUUAACAUAUUUGUACCCAGAGAUCAAUGGGUUGGUCGUACUGUUGUAGCUGUAUUGGGACAAGGUUUUUUAGUUGGUGCUUUUGCUACAAUUAUAUUAUACAGCUCUGAACUUUACCCCACUGUUCUCAGGCAAAAUGGGCUGGGCUAUAACUCCUUCCUGGGUCGUCUGGGUGUGGCUUUGGCUCCUCUAGUCUUGUUAUUGGACAGCAUUUGGAGGUAUCUCCCUCAGAUCACCCUCUGUUCUGUGGCACUUGUGGCUAGUUUGGUGGCUUGGCAGUUACCUGAGACACGAGGCAGGUGUCUACCUGAGACCAUAGAGGACAUUGAGGGUACUGACUAAGUCGUAACCUACGGCAUUAGAACAUUUUGUACUCACCAGUUCAUACCAAUAAUUAAUAGAUGAAUGUGCAAGGGAAGAAUACAUUUUUAAACCUUAUUAACAUUUAACCAAAUGUUGGGCAAUGUUAGGCCCAGCUUUCUUAAGUUAUUAUUUUUGGGCUAACCAUAAUACACUGCCUUUCCGGGUAGGACACAGUCAGAAACAUCUUUCCUGCAAACAUACAUGUGGGGCCUAUAAAAACAUAAUAGACAAUG